AGGGGGAGAGAGGAGAGGACAGGCCCAGCAGCGCCUUGAUGGAGCAUGGGUCAGGUUUUAGGAUUCUCCCACUGCAAGGAGUUUGGCUCUGUCUCCUCAACACCUGACUCCACUCCUCCCUGUACAGAUGGUGGUAAUGAGGAGUCAGAUUUCCUCCUAACAGCACGGGAGUGGUCUGAGGAUGAAGAAGGCCCCGAGGAUGACCUCAGCGGUUCCUCCAUGUGGGGGACCCCCCGGCAGAACUCCUUCGAGCUCACGUUCUCAUACAUUGCCUUCUCUGAGGGUGAGAGCUCUGGCCGGAGAGACUCAGGCCGACGGAGAACCGGAGGGAGAGGAAGACAAAGCUCGCUACGCCGUAUGGACACUGUGGAAACCUUUUUACCUCCAGACUCCCCUGCUAGCGAUUGGGACCCCCUUGCCUUUAUGAGUGGAGAGGAAGUGCAGCAGGUUGUGGAAAACCAACUUCCUGAACCAGUGGAGAGCCACAACAGGACUCUAGAGUCAUCCAGUCAGGGUAUAGAGUACUCUCCUGAUGAAGAGUUACAGGGAGAAAUGGAGGAGAUCACAUUACAGGAGACGUGCUAUGUUACGGAUAGUUAUGAAGCUCAACAGCUUCAUGCAUCAGAGCCAUAUGUUGGCACGGAAUCCACAGCCACAUCGCAGACUGAGGAAGAUGCAUCACAUCCAUCACAAAGUCCCAUCAUUCAAAACACUCAGGAAGAGCCAACCAGGGAGCAGUGGUUCUCUACACUUAACCUAUCAGAGGGGCCGACGAUACACAUCCAGAUCGCAGUAAUGGAUCUGAUCUACUGGAAGGACACUGAGCGGACGGGCAUGGUGUUCACCGGCCUGGUGGUGGGCCUGCUGUCUCUCUUCCAGCUCAGUAUCAUCACUGUGCUCUCCACUCUUUCACUGGCCAUCGUGUGCUUCACAAUUUCCGUGCGCAUCUACUGCAAACUGCUGCAUGCUCUGCAGCUCAGAGAUGGAGCACACCCCUUCCAGACUUAUCUGGAUGUGGACAUUGGUCUGUCUGGAGACCAAGCUGAACACUACAUGCAGAGAACUAUAUUCCUGUGCUUUGCUGCUCUAGACACAGUGAAGCGCCUGGUCUUCGUAGCUAGCCUGUUUGACUCUCUCAAGUUCCUGUUGCUGAUGUAUCUGGUGACGUAUCUGGGAGCUCUUUGCAAUGGCCUUACUCUGCUCAUUAUCGUUGUGAUUGCUAUCUUCUCUGUCCCCCUCUUCUACAGCCGACACCAGGAAAAAGUGGACAACUGGGUUUCAAAAGUUCAAGCUCAUGUUGACAACAUUAAGGACAUCCUGAAUCGACUGGCCCAGGGUGGUGGCCCCGCCCCUGACCCCACCCCAGGUGGCGCCAAACCCAAAUCCCAGUGAGGCGUCUCAGAGGUGAAGAGAAAGAAAAUUAGGGAGGAGCAAUAGGCGGUCACUCUGAUGUCUUAAUCAAGUCUGUUUUUCGGAGCACCACUUUCAGAUUUAAUAGAGCAGGGACUAAUGAGAUACUGUGUCAGAAAGAGUGCACAGAAGGAGUGGAGGUAGGAUUUGUUUUUGGAGAGGUUAAGAGGGCUCUUUUGAUGCAUGGUGAGAUUCUGCUGUAUGACAAACAAAAGCAGCACAGCCUCUUGAGCAAUCAGUGGAUUUCUGAAAGUUGUCUGGAAAAGAGGAAUCUGAUGACAUCAACACAUCAACGAACCAACAAACUUGAACAUAUGAGGUGGUGCACAAGAACAUUUAAACACAAGAGACUGGAGUUUGCACUAUGAUGAGCCAAAUUCAAGAAACCCCAGGACCAGUUUACUGAAUCAUCCUUCACUUUUGACAGUUUUAAUGAGAAUGGCAUGUGUAUAUGUGUGCACACGUACAUAUGUGCAAUUAUGAUCUUGCAGCUUUAUCCUGUUACAUCCUGAGAUAUGAGCUCUAUUAAAACUCCAGUAUCAUUUUCUUUUUCCAACA